CUCCGGAAGUCGACGCUGCGCGGGCUCCGCAUGCCUGGAAUGGCUGACCGGCUUCUAACGAAGCUAUUCGCGGACGACACGACCGUCUAUCUAAGCAAAGAUGAUGAGUAUGAACAAAUGACGGACAUCACGGACAAGUGGUGCCGCGCCGCGCGCGCUCGAUUCAACACUGAGAAGACCGAAGUACUGCCCAUAGGGGGGAAGGCGUACCGUGACGAGGUAGUAGCGUCCCGCAGACUAGGCCCCAACGGAUUACAAAUCCCGCCCGCUGUGCACAUAGUCAAAGACGGCGAGGCUGUCCGCCUCCUGGGAGCAUGGAUUGGGAAUGGCUUUGACCUGGCGGCCCCGUGGGUCCCUGUCCUAAACACCAUUGAGGAAAACCUGGCGAAGUGGGAUCGAUCGCGGCCCUCCCUCCAUGGCAGGAGACUUGCGGUUGGGAUUGAGCUUGCCGGCCGAACGCAGUUUCGAGCGAUGGUCCAGGCCAUGCCGGCGAGCGUUGAGAACCGCCUAACAAAGAUCGAGGCGGAUUUCUUGUGGAAAGGCGACGCCCAUCCGCGGAUCUCCCGGGAGCAGCUCUAUAAGCCGAUAGCGAAGGGGGGACUGAACCUCCUAGACAUACGAACACGGAAUGAAGCCAUACACCUCAUGUGGCUACGCUCAUACCUCUUGAUUGGAUCCAAACGCCCC